AUGGCUGCUCCCGCCAAUAUCACAAUCAAGAACCUCAAUGGGCAGUGGGUAAUGGACGCAGGCCUGUCCGACCCCACUGAUCCCAUCCUGACUCUGCAAGGCGUGAGCUGGUUCCUCCGCAAAGCCCUACCUUACGCUACUGUCACCUUGCACGUGAAAGAGUAUGCUGACUCCGAAAACUCGCUGGUGUACCACAUCGAUAUCGAUCAGAUUAUUACCGGUGGCAUCACGGGUACUAAGGAAUCGCGUACUUUGGACUGGCAGGAGCGCAGCCACGUGGAUACCAUCUUUGGAACAGUUCACGGCCGCUCGCGUAUGUUCCGCGGUGCUAAGGGGGGUGAUGGAAAGACUCGCCCGGCUGUUGAUGUGCAGAGCAAGGUUGGAGAGCCCGAGGCCGAUGCUAAGGUCCAGAAGUUCCUGCGUGGUGAGAUCCAGCUUGAUGGGUCAGCCAGCGAAGGUUUCAUCGUUGAUGAUGAGGGCGCAGAGUUCGGAGAGGGUGAGGGACUUUGGGUGCAGAGCUAUGUUGUGAAUCAGGAGGUCGGGUGGACUGCUGAGCAGGUCUGGGGAUUCGAGCUUGUCCAGGGCGAGCGCCGUUACACUCGUCGCGUCGCUGUUGUCAAGGAUGGCAAGGUUGAGUUGGGACGUCUGGUUUACACUUUCCAAGAGCCACAGGCUGAGUAG